CUAGCUGCAAGUCAUUUUAGUCUUGUACGAGUGGCCGUGUUUUAAAUUGUUUUUUUUACUCCCCUGGUGAUGGUGCUGUCUACAGCAAUAAACAGCUUGGUCAAUCUGAAUUCUUUGUUGGCAAGUGUUCCAAAGAUAGAAAAGAUAAACAUUGCACCAAAGACUUUAAUCCCCACAAUGCUGGCAGAGCAAAAAAAGAAGGCGUUGCUAGGACAGCUAAUUCCUUUUACUCAAAAGGUUAUCCAAAAUAUUGAAGAGUACAUAAAUAUACAACCAACUGCGUACCGUGACAUUGAACUGAAGCAUGAGAGAACGAAGCAUUUGUACGAGACCUACAAGACAACGGUUGAGGACCCCGAAUUGAACAAGAAUUAUGAGAAAGUUGUGAGUAUCAGGAGUGACAUAAACAAACUAAACGAUGACAUCAGAGAAUCGAGCGAGAUCAUCACGUUUAACUAUGAAAACAGUAUGAAGCUGUUUGAUACCGUACACGAGGGCAUUUACAUGGACAAUGAAUUGUGUGAUCUCAUCAAUAAGAAGUUCGAAUUUGAAAUUGAAGGUGUAGACAACAGAGAAAUAGAGAUUAUCGAGGAAAUGCUAUCGAUCUUAGAAAAGUAGUGGGCAUGUCUUUUGGUCCAUAAGGUUAUCUGUGCGAGAUAUUAAAAGUA